UUACGCCCGCCACAAUACACCCGGUUUUCUGUCCAUCUCCCCAACCCAAGAGGUGUGGGGAGAGGGAUGAGGGCGGGCGGGAAUUGGAGGAAUGCCCGUGGUGUAUUGUGGGCGUGGGCGUGGGAGUGCAACCAAGCUACUCCCGCUGAGGAAUGACAGAGGCGAGGUGGAGACGAGCAAGUCAGUGACGUACUGUGUGCGGACCGGCGGGGAGGCGGGGCCAGGCGGCGGCCCGCUGCCAGACCCAGCGCGCCACCACACCUCUCCCUUCUCCCUGGACACCACGUGCUGUGAUGACUCUCACGAUACCUACACCACCUCCCCCACCGGCAUCUACGCUCUGUUGGGCCUCUCCAGAUGCUGGUGGAAUUACACUGUAACGUCGCCUCCGGCGGCAGACGAUACAGCUGACGUCAUGGAGGAGGGCGUGGCCACCGAGCAGCGGGGCGGGACUGGCCCCGAGGUGACAGGGGUCGGCUGGUCUCUACCAUGCAGUCUGUCUUCCCUCCUCGCCAUGAACUGUCGGGCGCGGGCGGAGGGCCUGGCGCGCCGCCUACAGGCUAAGGUGCGCCUCGGUAACGGCGGCACGUCAGCCUUCGAACAGACAUCACUGGUCAAUCCUGGGCCGGACGACCACUACGCCUCCAUGGAUUGCCGCCACUCCUCCCUGGACAAUCCGCACGUGGACCUGCUGGAGGGCUCCAGCCUACGACCCAUCCAUGUGGUGACCUCUGAGCCCACGCUGCACAUGUGUCACCAGCCGCAGCCUGACCUGGUGCACCUACACGAACAGGACUCCGACGUGUACUACGACUUUGACCUGGCCAGCCCCGACGAUCCGGCCGACGCCGAGGAGGAUAGGGAGAAGGAGGGCCAGCAAGAGGGUGAGGAGCAGCGACGACAGUCUGAGGGCGGGGAGAGGCCCGAGAGUGGCUGUGUCACCUCUGUCACGUCGCCCGUCAUGUUUGACGACGAGAGGGAAGACGAUGACGAGGAGAACGAGGAUCUGUACGUAGCGGUGGACCUCCACCGUGACGAGGACGCCAUCGCCUGCUCCCCGGAUGCCGAUCUCCGCGCCGUCAGGCAAAUCUUGUCCCACUCAUCUCUAAAAGACUCCCACGACUUUGUAAGGAAGUCAGCUGACAGUGACGCCUGGAGGCGAAAUGGCGAGUGUGAGGUGGUGGGCGUGCGGGGCGUGCAUGGGGGGCGGGAUGAGGGUAAGUGUGAGUGUAGUGAUGGACACAAGGACUUAGUGGGGCACUUGGGUACAGAGGGCGCUGGGGCGCCGGCACACACCUGCACCCGGCACCCAGUGUGGGUCACCGCGCCAGUCGCCAAGAGCGGGUCGUGCUGGUGCCACCACGCCCCGGGCACGCCGCCGGCCGUGCCUCGCACCUCGGCUGGUCGCCUCGCGUGCUACGCUACUCCUACACUUUACGACGCCGGCAGCACCAGGAGUAACGGAGGUCCGUGCUGGGGCCGCGAGGGCAGUGAGCCAUGCCGUGUUGAGGCUUGUGUGAUGAUCGAUAAUGAAGGUCAAAACAAAGACGACCAAGGUCACGAGAACACUCAGCAGCUUGUGGGAGAGAGCGGGCAGCCCGCGAGGACUCUGUCGCCCACGACGCUCCAAUCCUCGAGUCCCGAGGGCGAGCCCGCCGCCACCAGAGGCAAUGAGGAGUUCGAGGCGCCCCUCCCCGCGGAGGAGGAGGACGCCCUGAUCAGUUCCCCAGAGAGCGGCGGUGCCCCGGAGGCUAUUUCUGGCAGCUCGCCCCCGCCGCCCGCCGAGCCUCACCUCUACCCGACCUCUGGGGAGGAGUGUCCCGCUGACAUGGAGGCCCGGGACGACGAGGCCGACCUCCCACCCAAGGGGGAGGAGCUCAGCCUCGAGGACGACGCCGAGGUGAUCGAGACGUUGGACGAGAACGAGGAGGAGAGCGAGGAAGAAGCCAACGAAGAGGACGUGGAGGAGGAAACCAUUCUUACCGGCAAGUUUCGUAAUAUCCGCGGCUACAAGGAGAGAGUGCGGCGCCUGUCAGACGAGAUCGAGGACCAGCCGCUGCCCGUCACUGUCAUCACCUACGACGACGAGAGUCUACCAGAGCAGGAGGACGAUGUGGCGGAGGGCGCCAAGGCCACGGAGGAGGAGGCCGUCUCCGGGUCCGAGCUGGCGUCGCAGCUGUCAGAACUGCAGAUGGAGGAUGUGGGCGUGCAGGUGGACACAGGUGACGAGGGGGAGGGCGAGGCCUCCAGCGACGAGGCCGCCACGAGGUCGUCGUCUGAGGAGACAGACCCUGAGAGGAUCGAGGAGUACAAAAUGAGGAUCAAACGGUCGUCUUCCCUCAAGUGUGGCAAGACGCCGCCGGGCACGCCGGGCAGGAAGAAGAUCGUCAGGUUCGCGGAUAUGCUGGGCCUUGACCUAGCCGCCGUGCGCACCUUCCUAGGGGGCGGCGUGCCCCACGUGCCUCGCUCUGCUUUCUGGGACCUGCAGGUGGAGGAGAGGCGAUCCAACGCGCGGGCAGCGGCGACCUCCGCCGCCAUGGAGCUGGUGGAGCGGCAGGUGGGCGUGCCACGGCGGGUGCUUACGCCGCUGUUCCAGCCACCUGGCCUGCACGGCAACUUCCUGGAGCGGGUGAGGACGCAGCGCGUGGUGGUGGAGAGCAUCGACGUGGGCGACGACAUGAGUGUCCGCGGCGUGGUGCGCGUCCUCAACCUGGACUACCACAAGAGUGUGCUGGUGCGCUACACCUUCGACCAGUGGCGCAACUACCACGAGGCGACAGCCACCUACAUCCCUGGAUCCUACGAUGGACUCACGGAUCAGUUCUCCUUCCUACUAUGGGGAAGUUUCCUACAAGACAACGGCGCCCUAGUCUUCUGCGUGCGCUACGAAACACUCGGCGAGGAAUUCUGGGACAACAACUUCGGCAGGAAUUACGUGCUGCAGUGCUACACGACGUCUGAGCCUCAGAGUAUACCGGGCACGAAUACAGUGUCCAGACCGCAGAAUUCCAGCAUGGUUCAGCAGCACUUUGAGGGAGGCGGUUCUAACUCCAGACCGUACCACCCUUUCAGUAGCAGCGGCUCCCCCACCACGCCACACGACCCCUGGAUCACCAAGUUCUUCUAGAUUGGUGAUUUGGCAGACUGGUGCGCGUUCCAUCGUGUUCCUGCCCCGCCUUGCUCGCCCUCCCGCCGCCAGCCUCCCUUCCUCCCUCCCUCAGUAGCUCACGAGUUAUCUAGUUAUAUUUAUUUGUUGAGUCAGUGUAGGAAACAGGCUGUGGUAGACUAACAGAGGAGAGAUUGCCCAGAGCGGCUGAGGUGGAGGCGAGGACUGGACUGGAUCAAGGGGAGAGGCGUCUUGGUGUCCUAUCAAGUCCCAUACGGUGUCCCACAAGGUGUUCUACAAGGUUCUCCUACGCUGUUUUGUGCUACGGCCUCACUGCCUCCAAGGACGUCCACGAGAUACGCCAAGAAGUCCUGCAGGAUGCGCGUUAUGCAAGAGUGGAUGGUGUGUCCUUGAGGAGUGUGCUUGGAGAGACCGUGAUGACUCCUGCGAAUUUACAAGUGACGAAUUAGUGUAGAAACAAGUAUAAAAGUGACCGUGAAUUUCUCAUGGCUGAAGGGUGGUCAAGGUGAAGUUAUCAUUACGACUUAAGUCCGUACUCAGAAACGCCAUCCCCUCUCACUACGACAAUUUUCAAGGCCACAGAGGCAACUAGAUGGGUUCUCAAGACAGUUUCUCCUUUUGAUAAACUAGAAAUCUUACCAGUCUAUCAGUAGAAGCAUAAAAAAAAUACUCUUAAAAACACGAGUAUCUUCAACUGGAGCCUUUGGAAAGCAGUGAUAGUGAGAGGGCGAAACGUUUCAGAAUAGGGGCCUUAAGGUGGUCCUCGUGGUUUUCUAUGUCGUGUUGACAGUCACCUGCCCAGAGGUACGCCAAAGCUUUCGUACAAGUGCAUAGCUUUCAUUGAUUCAAUACAGUUCAUGGAUAGAAACGUACAACAGUUGUCCCAAGUAGUGACGUCACAAGUCCAGCUAAUCUCAUGUUUGUAAAUCGAGUAGAAAUGAGUCAAGAUAUGGACAAAUGAGCUGCUUGAUAUUCAGAGCCGCACAAAGACCAACAACCGAGAUGAGCGACGAGUGGGAGUGAUUGUGAGGCAAUGCUAUUUUGUAGAAUAUAACGCCACUGUUCUGGGCAACUGUACAUACCGCGCCCUUCCUCCCUCCACCUCGCCUUCUCAUAACAACUACCUCCCUUCUACUAGUCCCACUCUGACAUUGCCGCUGAGGACGCGAGAAGCUGAGGUCCUCGGUGCAAAAUGGGCACCAAGCACAAGCAAUACUGAGCGUCGGAAUUAAGAAAGUUGCGAGGCCGAGUCACGUACAGUUUUCUUCCUCCUGCUUAUCUCUGUAUGGUUAUUAACUUAUAGAUGAAGAGUACAUACAUAUAUGCAGAUUUAGUAUAAACAUGGACGUACCUAAGCUUACAAAUGUGUAUUAAAGUAAGUGUUCGUUUGAGAGAAGAAUUACUUAGGGCAUAUACGGAGGUGGGUUGUAUUGGGAGCGGUGAUUGGGUGGCUGGUGUGCGCCAGCCAGCCAGCCAGCGUCCCUCAAUACUCUCCUCCGUCAUUCUGGACCCGAGCACUGUCCUGAAUUGAUGUGUAGCAGUUUAGUGUGCCAAAGUUCCCUUGGUAGUGCAAAUGGGUGUUGCGGACGCGUGUUGACUCAUACCUCACCUGCAUACGCCAGGAAUGACCUCAGACUACCUGCAGGAGUACCGUGCAUCACUCACAGGGUUCCACAAGGUUUUACAGGGAGAAACGACCGCCACUGUUUUCAUUAAGGUUAGUUUUACUUGCACGUAAUAUAUGUUUCAAACUGAUUUCGAACGACAUUGAAACCGAAGCUUCCAAUGACGUACCUAGUUAAUGAUAUUACCGAGUCGUCAAGUACACAAGCUCGUGGGGAUCAGGAAUGGUCUUGUAAUCGUGUUAUUUUGAAAUUAACUCAUGUCUAGUGGUGAGGCCUCGAAUAAAUCCUCUCCCGCUCUCGAAGGAUUCAAAAAAGUGUUUCGAAUCGUAUCGACAGCUCUCGCGCCGCGGAAAACAUGAACAGACGAAGGACAACAAUAAUCAAAAAUCUAACAAUACGAGUAUCAAUGAAUGUACCCGUCACAACUCCAUUUUCUAGGUCUGAAAUGUCACCCAACUAACUCAAGUUCCUGAAGGAGGCUAAACUCUGACAUGCCGUGACGUGAUCGCCUACAGAAGGUCACGAGGCCUUGGAGAGACGCCGGGGCAGGCCUUGGCGGCUCCCCGUGAACCUCCCGUCAGGAGAAUGAAACAGAAGAAAUAGUGAACCGAACUAUUUACAGUUUCACAUCCUCAUGUUUUUGCUUCCUUCGAAUAGUCAUGUUUUGCUUGUCUUUGUGAGUUUUUUUUUUUUUUUUAACAGUUCCGAGUUAUCUACGCUCAUCCAAUCUUGACCAUUAAGCGUCCCUUCUUCAAUAAGGCUUAAUUUUGAUCGGUGUCGUAAAAAGUUUCAGGUCUUAUUGCUUAAUGGUCAAAAUUGAUCACACAUACGUACGUACGUACGCACAUACAACCAACAAAGUUAUUUUCUACCAUAAAUCCAAAAGUAAUUAAGAAAUGUAAAUUAACGAGCGAUGUAAAUAUCAUUGGCCACGAAUUCACACAUUUAUGCAUAACAUAACAUACCCUCCACUAUGUAUAAAAGAAAACCAGAAUAACAACAUAACAUAACGCCUACUGCAUACAUAUAUACAUACAUACAUAGAGUAUAUAUUGUGGAAGUUUUACAAAUCUCUAUUAACGAUAAGUCUUAUAUUGUAAAUCAAAUAUCUGUACAUAAAAAAAUAUAUAUAUCACGUUUGACGCCUUUGUAACAAGACACGCUUAUGUUUUGUAACGUACCGAUGAUUGUCACACCUGACCACGAGACUGACAGGUGUAGUGAUGGAGUGGUGUUGUUGCCCAGGUGUCUUUGUACAUAGCUAGUCCAGGGAGGGCAAGGUGGAGGUGGUGAAAGAGGCACAGCUAGGAAAUACGUUGUGUUCACUUACGUGCAUGGGAGAGAGUUUUUUUAAUGUAAUCAGCGGUUUUUGUAAUCAUUUUUCUCAUACAUAGUCUUAUCAUCCAUCUCUCUCGUCUCCUUUUCCAUCUUAUGUGUCCUUUUUCUCUCUUUGCCUUCCAUCUUUAACAUAAUCGACGGUUUUGAUGAUUGUAUUUCCUCAUACAUGUUAUCAUCCAUCUUUCUCUCGUCUCUCUCGCCUCCUGUUGCAUCUUCGAGUCCUUAUUUCCUCUUUGUCUUCUUCCUGUUUCUCUGAUUUUAUUCAUAAAUGCACCUUAUAAUUAAUUUCCACCAUCUUUGUCUUUCUUCGUCUGUUUCAUGUUCUUCCUCCAUCGUUCGCUUUAUUUUUUUUUUAUUUCUUUUUACCCGAUGUUCUUCUAAAUUCACCCUUAUCUGUUUCAUCACCGUCUGUACAUCUUUAUUUACUUCGAUCAGCUCCUCAGUCUCCUUUUCUCCUUCCUCAUCUCCCACGUCCUCCACACCCUUCAGACUCUCCGUUGUUAUUUUCUUUUUCUUUUUUCGAGAAUCCCUCCACGUUGAUGAGUUUGUGUUGAAAAGUGUUGGAGAACGCAUCAUAACAUUUAUUUUUCUUCCGCUUCCCUCGGGCAGGCAAGACGUGACAGGCUUGUUGUUAUAAAAAUGUAAACAGAAAAAAAAAAUCAUAUGAAUAUAUCUAUAUAUAUUCCUGACUUAACCAGCCUGUCCUAAACGCAGGUUGGGCAAUAAAAAAUAUCAGUGUA